AUGCCUGGGAAUAAUAUCGGCGGAUUUGCUCAAUCUGAAUAUGACACAGUGAAAACUGUCUUCAGAGAAAACUUUGAAAAGGGAUUGGAAACUGCUGGCGCAUCGUUUGCGGUCUAUCAUAAUGACAAGCUACUUAUCAAUUUGUAUGGAGGAUUGAGAAAUGUGGAUAAAAAGCAACCAUGGGUAGAAGACACAACGUCGGUUAUUUUUUCAACGACAAAAAGCAUAUCUGCUGUAAUUCUUGCGUAUUGCAUUGACAAAAACAAAGAAGGUAUCAAUUAUGAAACAAAAAUAUCGGAAAUAUGGCCUGACUUUUCAAAUAACGGAAAAGAAAAUAUAACAAUUCUGGAUGCAGCAUUACAUCGUGCUGGGCUUGCUUAUACGGAGGAAGUACUGGAACGAGAAGACAUAACAAAGCCAGCAAAGAUAUCGAAAUUUUUUGAGGAAGCUGUACCAAUGACAAAUGGUUCCGAUGUCUUGUAUCAUGCACUGACAUUUGGAUUGCUCCUCGACCAAAUUGUACGCAGAAUUGACGAAAAGAGACGAGGAAUUGCUGAAAUAUUGAAUGAAGAUUUUGUACAUAAAUACGGAAUAAAAAACUUGUCGAUUGGGUUGAAAUGUGAGAACUCGAAUGAAAAUGUAGCAAAACUGACUGAUUUGAAUAAUGAAGAAAUUGAGAGACAAGGACUGCUUAAUCCGGAAGCUUUGAGAAAAUUCAUUGCCGGUGAUAAUAUUCAUCAUCAAAAGCUGUAUUCAAUAUUUCCCUGGAUCACGACGGACGAUUAUAACUUGGUUUCUAAUCGUCUUCUGCCAAUGCCAUCCAACAUGGGAAUAUCGAAUGCUGAGGGACUCGCGCAUUUUCAUUCGUUGGUUGCUAACAAGCAAAUCCUCUCGGAAAACAUGUAUAGAUUAUUAAAGCAACCGGUGUUAGAACAUGUAUAUGAUCAUGCAAUUGGAUAUGAAGAAAACAAAGGAUACGGAUUUCAGUAUACUAAAAAUCCAAAGGGACAAUGGAUAUUUGGGCACUCUGGAUUUGGCGGACAAAAUGUCAGAGUCGAUGUAACUAAUGGACUCACACUGGCCUAUGUAUCGAAUGGAAUGAAAAUCACUGACGCGGAUAUGGUGGAGCCUUGGAAAAACUUAAUUGAGGAAACUUAUCGUGUAUUUUUCCACGCAACUUAGUUGGCAAUGCACAUUUUAAUUCAAUAUAAAUAUAUUCAUGCAUACUUAUCGAAUAAAAAUUGAAUGUAUAAAAGUGUCAAACCGUCCCAGA